GAUAAUCCCCACAGCGCACCGCCGGCAGCAGAGGCGGCCGGCGCGUCCCACGCUGUGCUCCGCCGCACAUUACGUUCUCAGGGAGCAGCGCGUCCUCUGCCUCCUCUUCGGGGUCGGAUUGUCGGCCGUGGCAUUCGCUUUCCGCUCGUCGUCUUCCCCGGCCGCCGGCGGGAUCGAGUCUCCGAUCAUUCCUCGGAGGGUCAUGUAUGAGGCGCUUCAUCAGACCGGCUACCACGUCAAAGCAGGUGGGAAGGUUCUAGUGGGGAUAAAGAGCAAGGGGAUGAGGAUACUGGUCCCUGAUUUCUCGAUCGGGAAGGGCCCUAAUUAUGAGGGUCGGGUCGUCAUUGUAAAUCCUCAAAGAUCUUAAUUAUCACGUCAUCAAAAAAAGACUCCUGUUGGUUUAUUUUUUCCUUGACUGAAUAAUGGUGGAUGAUCACAAGACAAAUGUGAUGGGAACAUUAAACAUGUUGGGACUGGCAAAAAGAGUUGGAGCUCGGUUUCUACUCACCAGCACAAGUGAAGUCUAUGGCGACCCUUUGCAGCACCCCCAGUCUGAGACUUACUGGGGUAAUGUUAACCCCAUUGGUGUUCGGAGUUGUUAUGAUGAGGGGAAACGAACUGCAGAAACAUUGACAAUGGACUACCACCGGGGACACAAUAUUGAGGUUAGAAUUGCGAGGAUAUUUAACACAUACGGGCCACGUAUGUGUCUCGACGAUGGUCGAGUCGUCAGCAAUUUCGUUGCUCAGGCAUUAAGAAAGGAACCAUUAACUGUAUAUGGAGAUGGGAAGCAGACAAGGAGUUUUCAGUAUGUUUCUGAUUUGGUGGAAGGGCUGAUGAGAUUGAUGGAAGGUGACCAUGUUGGCCCAUUCAAUCUUGGCAACCCUGGUGAAUUUACCAUGCUUGAAUUGGCUAAGGUUGUACAAGACACAAUUGACCCCAAUGCAAAGAUAGAGUUCAGGGAGAACACAGAGGAUGACCCUCACAAGAGAAAGCCAGACAUCACAAGGGCCAAACAACUUCUUGGCUGGGAGCCGACCGUCUCCCUCCGUGACGGGCUUCCUCUCAUGGUUUCCGACUUCCGUAGGCGAAUCCUCGGCACCGGCGAGGCGGGCGACAACAACAAGAUGGUCGAUACUCAGUGAUAAAUUACGUAUAUUCUCUCUCCGUUCUUGAAAAUACUUCCGUCCUCCUUUUUACGUUCUCCGUAAAAUACUUUUACUUCCACCUAAAAUGUCUAAAAUACAUCCCAUUAUGUAGUUUAUUGCAGGUAGAAUUUGUUUUUGGGGUAUUUUAGACAUUUUAGGUAGAUCAAAAAUUUUUUAUGAGGUGUGCAAAAAAUUAUGGCGAAAAUG